AUGAAAAUUGAUUUCAUAUAUGAAAGUUUAUCGUGCAUUUUAUGUUUAAAUGUCUGUUCAAUUGGCUUUAGCUGUGGUGAUGUAAUGUUCAAAGCCGCAAAAGCUUUAACUAUUCCCACAAUCUUGAAUUCGGAUGAUUUUAAAUCUUUAGCAUUAGUUGGCAACGAAAUGAUGAGCUCGCUCAUAUGCCAACGGCAAACGACAUGA